AUGGUUGAACGAUUCAAUCGUACAUUGGCAGCCCAAUUAUCUUUGUUUGUAAACGAGAACCAAACUGAUUGGGACGAACAUUUAUCCACCGUGUUAGUGGCAUACAGAACCGCAGUGCACAAAUCAACAGGACAGACCCCAGCUAAAAUGAUGAUGGGUCAUGAGCUACGGCUUCCGAUUGACUUAAUAUAUGGAAAACCGCCUGGAGAAGAAGUUUCAGUAAAUACGAAAUAUGGAAAGAUGUUGGAUGAUAGCUUAGAGCGUGCUCAUGAGUUUGCUCGGAAUCAACUGAUUGUUUCUGGAGAAAGAAUGAAGAAUAACUAUGACAUAGAUUCGUCAAAAACUCAAUUUGAAAAAGGAGACAACGUUUGGUUGUAUACACCUCAAAGAAAAAAGGGUUUAUCUCCAAAGCUACAACGGAAAUGGAAAGGGCCAUACAGCGUAGUGAAAAGAAUCAACGAUCUGGUUUACAAGAUCCAGGCUGGACCUCGUUCAAAACCUGUUACAGUACAUCGGAAUCGAUUAUGGAAAUACAGUGGUCGAGAUCCUCAAACGUGGAUAAUGAACCAAAAAGAAGAACCAGUUAUUCCAAAGGACAAUGAAUCAAAGAAGCAGAAGACACCGGAAGAUGGUCGAAAGCAAUUAAAGAAUCCAAUUGUUAAACAGAGGAAGACCCCUAAUCGUCUAAAUAGCGAAAACGUGGGUGAACAAAGUACCAGUAUUGUUUGUGUCGAAGAAGAUAUUUCGCCUGUUAUUUCGACAGCAGCAGAAGAAGAAAUGGCAUCCGCAGAACGAGAAUCAGCUGCACAGAUAUUAACUCGGAGUGAAACAGAGUUGCCACAAAGAAGCAGCAGAAAGCGAAAAACUCCGGACAGAUACAAUUUAAAAUAUGCCCCGGGACCGAGGCAUUUCUAG